AUGGGUGGCAACGAUGCCACUAUCGGCAACUCCAGCUAUACGGAGCGGGUAAUUAACGCCUUUGCGGAGCGGACGGUGCUCGCAUGUCUGAUCGGUAUCGCCUGGUACAAUGCCCUCGAACUGAUCGUGCUUUGUUUCUCGACCUUCAAACGCUAUGGCGGAUGCUAUUUUUGGUCCCUGCUCGUGGCGUCCUUCAGCAUCAUCCCGUAUGGGCUGGGAUAUCUGCUCAUCAUCUUCAAAAUCUUCCCCAAUGAAUUCUCCGUGGCGAUGGAGCUCAUCGCCUGGGUGGGCAUGGUCACCGGCCAGUCCCUCGUCCUCUGGUCCCGCCUGCAUCUGGUGGUGCACAGUCGCCAGGUCCUCCGCGCUUGUCUCGCCAUGAUCAUCAUCGAUGCCAUCCUUUUCCACAUUCCCGCCUCCGUUCUCGAGCUAGGAGCUCAUUCCGAUAAACCGGACCUCUUCGUUCCGGCAUUUAGCAUCUUUGAACGCAUCCAACUCAUCGCGUUCUCGCUGCAGGAGAUUGUCCUCUCCACCAUCUAUUCCUACGAGGCGGUCCGUCUCCUCAAUCUACGGCCUCGCGGUCACUACCGAGGCACUCUCCUGCAGCUCCUCAUCGUCAACCUGGCCAUGAUUUUCAUGGACGCGGCCAUCAUCGGGGUCCAAUAUUCGGGGUACUUUGACGUUCACGUCACUUUGAAAGCCAUGUCCUACAGCGUCAAGCUGAAACUCGAGUACGCCAUUCUUGGCAAACUCGUCCAUUUCACCGAAAUGAGCCACAGUACCAAUUCGGCGCCAACUGAUCUUUCGGACUUUGUGGAUCUCUCAUAUCAUCAACAUCCUCCUCCAAAUCCUGGUCCAGUCCCUCCUCCUCAUCCUCUCUCUUCUCCACCGUCUCAUCUCCACCACCAUCAAAAUGAAAUCUCACCACGGCCGGCAGACGGUGAUAGUCAGACCGAGUUCUGUGGUAAACCGGAUUCUCCAUAUGAUUCACGGGGGUACACUCCCUCGAAGGAGUCUUCACACGAUGCUGGUACAUCGGAGGCUUCGACUCGAGUCAGUACGAGCAAUGAAGUUGUGCAGCGGUCUCUUUGA